GCCGGGGAGAGCAGCCCCGUGGUGCUGCACAGCUUCACCCAGCUCGACCCCGACCUGCCGCCCUUGGAGAGCUCCACACAGGAGAUCGGAGAAGAGCUGGAGGAUGGCGUGAUCUACAGCAUAUCGCUCCGGAAAGUGCAGCUCCAUCACACGGCCAACAAAGGGCAGCGAUGGCUGGGGUUUGAGAAUGAGUCGGCCUUAAACCUCUACGAGACCUGUAAGGUGCGGACGAUAAAAGCUGGGACCUUGGAGAAGCUGGUGGAGUACCUGGUCUCAGCCUUCAAGGGCAAUGACUCCACCUACGUCACCAUCUUCCUGUGCACUUACCGGGCCUUCGCCACCACCAAGCAAGUGCUGGACCUGCUGCUUAACAGGUACGGCAAACUCUAUGUGCAGGCGAACGGGGACCAUGCCAGGCACGCUGUGGACGAGAGGAUGGAGCUCAAGAACACCAUCUCCUCCAUCCUGGGUGCCUGGUUGGACCAGUACUCAGAGGACUUCCGCAAGCCCCCAGACUUCACCUGCCUCAAGCAGCUCAUCUCCUACGUGCGCCACAACAUCCCUGGCUCCGACCUGGAGCGCCGAGCCCGCAUCCUGCUGGCCCAGUUCCAGCAGCAAGAGCAGAGCGAGUCCGAGGCAGAAGCAGUGGACCACAGCAGCUGCACCUUCCAGCUGGUGGAGGAGAACGGGGUCGGGGACGGGAAGCCGGAUUUCCUCUCCUUCUCCCCAGAGAUGGUGGCAGAACAGUUCACGCUGAUGGAUGCUGAGCUGUUUAAGAAAGUGGUGCCUUACCACUGCCUGGGCUGCAUCUGGUCCCAGCGAGACAAGAAGGGCAAAGAGCACCUGGCACCCACCAUCCGUGCCACGGUCUCGCAGUUCAAUAGCGUGGCCAACUGUGUCAUUGCCACGUGUCUCGGAGACCGGUCCCUGAAGCCACAGCAGAGAGCUAAAGUGGUGGAGCGGUGGAUCGAAGUGGCUCGGGAGUGCCGCAUCCUGAAGAACUUCUCCUCCCUCCGAGCCAUCCUCUCGGCUCUGCAGUGCAACGCUGUUCACCGGCUGAAGAAGACCUGGGACGAGGUCCUUCGGGAGAGCUUCCGCACUUUCCAUGAACUCUCAGAGAUCUUCUCCGACGAGAACAACCACUCGCUGAGCCGGGAGCUUCUCAUCAAGGAGGGCACGUCCAAAUUUGCCACCUUGGAGAUCAAUCCCAAGAGGGCUCAGAAGCGGCAGCAGCAGCAGCGAGAGAUGGGCGUGAUGCAGGGCACCAUCCCCUACCUUGGCACCUUCCUUACGGACCUGGUCAUGCUUGACACCGCCAUGAAGGAUUUCCUGGAUGGCGGACUGAUCAACUUUGAGAAGAGAAGGAAGGAGUUUGAAGUCAUCGCCCAGAUCAAGCUGCUUCAGUCGGCCUGCAACAACUACAGCUUCACACAGGAGGACCAGUUUGUGGACUGGUUCCACAGCCUGGAGCGGCUCAGCGAGGCCGAGAGCUACGGGCUAUCAUGCGAGAUCGAGCCACUGUCGGAGUCAGCCAGCAACACAUUGAAGGCGAAGAAAAACACGGGCAUCAUCAAGCGAUGGAGCGAGNNCCAGCCACCAGGCGCGUAGCCUUGGGCCGGCGGCAGCUCCCACUCAAAAUCCUUCGACCAGCUCAAGUGCGGGCAAUACCUGUGCAGUGGGGACGCCACCGACUCUGUGAGCGUCACCUCCGCCGGCUCCAGCAGCUCUGACGUGGAGGAGAUCAACAUCAGCUUCAUCCCCGAGUCCCCUGACUGCCAGGAGAAGAAGGUAUGGAGCAGCUGGUGGGAAGCUAAAACCACUGUGUCCUCCGCAUCCCCUCUCCUCCCUGCCCUCCAGUUCUGGGAAUCCACCUCCCUCUCCUCCCUGGAUACGUCGGGCAUUGGCUCGGGCUCCAGCAGUGCCUCGUCCUCUUCCGUCUCAUCCACGCCGGUGACGGCCUCCCGCACCCACAAGCGCUCCGUCUCCGGCAUCUCCAGCUACUCCUCCCUCUCGCUGCCCCUCUACAACCAGCAGGUCGAUGACUGCUGUAUCAUCCGCGUCAGCCUGGCUGUGGACAACGGCAACAUGUACAAGAGCAUCCUGGUGACAAGCCAGGAUAAGACCCCGGUCGUUAUUCGCAAGGCCAUGGCCAAACACAACUUGGACGGGGACCGGCCUGAAGACUAUGAGCUCGUUCAGAUCAUCUCGGAGGAGAGAGAGCUGAAGAUCCCUGACAAUGCCAAUGUCUUCUACGCCAUGAACUCUGCCGCCAACUAUGACUUCGUGCUCAAGAAGCGGGGCUUCUCCAAGGGGGUGAAGAUCAAGCACGGCUCCAGCUCCACCCUGCCCAGGAUGAAGCAGAAAGGCCUGAAGAUCGCCAAAGGCAUCUUCUAG